CCCCCCCCGAAUAUGUCAACGCCGUCCUCCACAACCCCUUCAAUAGGCGCCGAUGGCCCGACGCGGAUGCCCUCAGUAUCACGAACUGGGCGGCGCUCUUCCCAGUCCGCGGCCGGCGCAUCCGUAGUGCGCCGUCCCUCGCGAGCGACGCACCCACCAGUGGCGCCCUCCAAGCCCCUCUCUCACCAGGAGGCGUUGGAGGCCUUACGCGCCUUCCUCAAGGAGCGCUCCUCCUACGACGUCUUCCCCGUUUCCUUCCGCCUUAUCGUGCUGGACAGCCAGCUCAAGGUCAAGAAAGCGCUAGAUGUCAUGCUGCUCUACGGCGUUGUCUCUGCACCCCUGUGGAACACGGCAACGGCCAAGUUCGCCGGCAUGUUCACGGUUCAGGACGUCAUACAUCUGAUUCAGUACUAUUACCACACAUCGAGCUGGGAAGGAGCCGCUGCUGAAGUUGAGCAGUUCCGGCUCCAAAGCCUCAGAGACAUCGAACGAGAACUGCACGUUCCUCCGCCGCCGCUCCUUUACAUCCACCCGCUGCGCCCUCUGUUUGACGCUUGCAAAUAUCUGAUCCAGACGCAUGCGCGUCGCCUGCCGCUCAUCGAUGAAGACUCGCAGACCAACGGAGACGUGGUCAUCAGCGUGUUAACGCAGUACCGUGUCCUCAAGUUCAUUGCCAUGAACGUGCGAUUCCUUGAGAAACAGGCUGACGACCAGUGUCGGGACAUCACCCAAUACCUCACCGCUGGUGUGCAGGAGCUCGGCAUAGGAUCGUACGUCAAGGAUGUGACACCAGAGCGGCCGUACGGACCAAUCGCCACGGCGACAAUGCAGACCACCGUGUUUGACGUGGUGCAUAUGUUUUCCGAGCUUGGGAUUAGUGCCGUACCCAUCGUCGAUGACGAGGGUAAGGUCUUGAAUCUCUACGAGACUGUCGACGUUAUUACGCUUGUGCGCCUAGGCGCGUACCAGUCCCUCGACUUCACUAUCGCCCAGGCUCUGAAGCAGCGUUCCCACGACUUCCCCGGCGUCGUCACAUGCCACCCCAAUGACUCGCUUGGUGCCAUCUUCUCGCUCAUCAAGAUUCGGCGCGUUCAUCGCCUGGUCGUCGUAGCCGGAGCCAAUGACCCGCAGCCAGGCAAAUUGGUGGGCGUCAUCAGCUUGAGCGAUAUCAUGCGCCACCUCAUUAACGAAACCGGCCCCAUCCGCGAGCGCAUGCCCCCACACGAAGAGGGUGACGAGUCGGCCAUCGCGGACAACUGAUGGCACUGUUGUUGGCAUGGAGUGGUUAUAACAAUGCGGUUCAUCUGGCGUUCUCCUGUUGGGGUUGAAAUGACAAUGCAAAGCCAGGUAGUUUGUAGAGAAUGAGUUGCAAGCAUCGCUUCGCGCUCGCCGCACAGUG